AUGGCCUCCUCGUGCCUGAUUCCCCUCGGCGCCGGACUAAUCUCUAUCAAGCGCGUCGACACGAGCGCCGACAUCCCCGUCUGCGUCUCCCUCGUCUUCUUCUACCAGCAACUCGGCGGGGCCAUCUUCGUCUCCGUCGGCGAGAACGUCUCCGGCCAGAAGUUCAUCGCCGGUCUGACCCGUGUCAUCGACGAAAACUAUCGUCAACACCGGUGCCACCGGCCUACGCCGCAUCGUCCCAGCUAA